CUGGCUGCUGGGGAGAUGCAGUCCCCCAGGAUGGCAGGGAAGAAGCGAGGGCGGCCCCCUCUCCAGCCAGCACCCAUCAAAAUGGCUGUUCACAACCUCUUCUCAGCACCACCAGGUGCUCUGCCAGCCAUGAAGAUCCCAAAGAAGAGAGGGAGAAAACCUGGGCACAAGCUGAAGUCUCGUGUCCUGAUGACUCCUUUGGCAAUCUCUCCUCCGAGAAGCACGCCAGAGCCGGACAUUAGCUCAAUCCCCCAGGAUGCAGCUACGGUACCCAACUCGGACACCCCACAGGCUCUCACAGUCUGCAUUUAUGUCAACAAGCAAGCAAACCUGGGGCCGUACCUGGACAGAAAGAAGGUGCAGCAGCUGCCGGAGCACUUUGGCCCCGAGCGGCCGGCGGUGGCCCUGCAGCAAGCAGUGCAAGCCUGCAUCGACUGUGCCCUCCAGCCAAAGGUGGUCUUCUCCCUCAUCAGGCAGGGCUACGGAGGAGAGAUGGUGUCAGUUUCAGCUUCUUUUGAGGGGAAGCAGCAUCUCCAGAGCCUGCUGGUCGUGAACAGCAUCGGGUACGUCCUGCGCUUCCUGAAGAAGCUGUGUCGCAGCCUGCUGUGUGACAACCUCUUCAGCAACCAGCCGUUCCAGCAGCGCGGCAGCGCCGUGCCGGAGAGCCCGCAGCGCUCUGAAAACGGGCGGGGCGAGGCAGAGACAGUUAUACCUGAGGACUACCUGGCUGAUGCUCCAAGCAGGAAGCAGUACAGUGUGGAUCCUGCCGACGCUGCCUUGGGCUCCACGUACACCGUGCGUCAGAGUCCUGCAGAUGGACACCCUGCUGGAGGCUCCUCUUCCUCCUGUAGCCAUCGUCCUGCCCACAUGGCUUCAGGGGGGUCCCCAUCUGCUGGCCUGCGGCAUCAGACCUCCAGCCCAACAAGGAAUGGGGCCUACCUUGAAGGAAACAGAAGUGCCUCAAGCCCUUCGCCUGAACAACAAGAUGCAGCUCGGCCAUCAAGCAAGAAUCCUUUGACCUGGACGGUGGAUGAUGUGGUUUGGUUUGUGAAGGAUGCAGACCCUCAAGCUUUAGGCCCUCAUGUGGAGCUCUUCAGAAAACACGAAAUUGAUGGCAAUGCUUUGUUACUGCUGAAAAGCGACAUGAUCAUGAAAUACCUGGGGCUGAAAUUGGGACCAGCACUGAAACUGUGUUACCACAUUGAUAAGCUCAAGCAAGCCAAGUUCUAA